GAAGCUGUUACAGCCAUGGUACCCUCAAAGCUACAUGCAGCUCUUCUAGCAAGCCCUGGCAUGGGCCACCUCAUACCCACGGUGGAGCUAGGGAAGCGCCUCCUCACUCACCACGGCUUCGACGUCACCAUCUUCGUCGUCACCACCGAUUCCUCAACCACAGCCUCUCAGAUACACCAACAAACAUCCAAUCUCACCGCCCUCAACAUCAUCCUAUUGCCUCCGGUCGAUCUAUCCACAAAACUCGCGCCCGAUACUUCUUUGGGGGAACAAAUUGGGAUAAUGAUGGGGGAGUCCAUCCCCUCACUACGCUCGUCCUUCCUAUCCAUGAAGUCUCCUCCGUCAGUCCUUAUCGUGGACCUCUUCGGUACUGCUGCUUUUCCCCUCGCACGUGAGUUCGACAUGUCAACCUAUGUCUUUUUAACUACCAGCGCCUGGCUAUCCGCGGUUACCACCUACCUUCCUUUCAUCGACAAGGAAAUGACUGAAAGGCACGCUAACAAUCGCGAACCGCUUUUCAUUCCUGGUUGUGAACCGGUUCGAUUCGAGGACACUCUUGAACCGUUCUUAUCACCUGGCGAGCCCAUCUACGCGAAUUAUGUGGCAGUAGCGAAGGAGAUAGUGUCUGCUGAUGGGAUUUUGAUGAACACGUGGCAAGACCUGGAGCCUGCAGCCACGAAUGCAAUUAGGGAAUUUGAGAUUUUAGGAAAGUUUACUAAUGGACCAGUGUAUCCGGUUGGACCGCUGGUAAGAACAGUCGAGGUGAAACCGGUGCAUGAAGAGAACGAGGUUUUGCGCUGGCUUGACAAGCAACCAGUUGAGUCGGUGAUUUACGUGUCGUUUGGGAGCGGUGGGACCAUGUCAGAGGAACAGAUGCGGGAGCUUGCUUUGGGGUUAGAGCUGAGUCAACAACGAUUUGUUUGGGUUGUGCGCCCUCCGGUUGAGGGCGACGCGAGCGGCGCAUUUUUCGGAGUGGCCAGCGACGGUAAUGAAACGACGCUGGAUUACUUGCCUGAGGGGUUCGUUAAGAGGACACGUGGGUUGGGCUUGGUGGUUCCCAUGUGGGCCCCGCAGGCUGAGAUUUUGGGACACCCUGCUACUGGUGGUUUUGUGACGCAUUGUGGUUGGAAUUCCGUGUUGGAGAGCGUUCUAAACGGUGUCCCAAUGGUGUCGUGGCCGCUUUAUGCAGAGCAGAAAAUGAAUGCUUGCAUGUUGUCGGAGGAGCUUGGGGUGGCAGUGCGAGUGAAGGUUACGGCGGAGCAGGAGGGUGGAGUUGUGUGCAAGGAACAGAUAGCAAACUUGGUUAGAAGAGUGAUGGUAGGUGAAGAAAGUGUUGCCAUGAGGGUUAAGGUUAAGGAGCUGAAACUAAGUGGGGAGAAAGCCUUGUCAAAAUCAGGGUCUUCUCACGAGUCGCUUAGUCAAAUGACCAAGGACUGUGUAUCUCGUAGUGCUUAA